AGCAAAGUAUUCGAAGGCACCAACUAUGCGAGAAAGACUUCCAGAAUCGAAAAAUAUAGUAAACUUUCGGUAAUACGCAAAGCACUGCGUGCCUCAUCAUCGAGUGAUAUUCGAAUGAAUUAUGCGAAGCUAACAACUGCUAACAAUUCGGCAUUACGUACCUCAUCCUCAGGUGAUAUUUGA